CACCACCAAUGUCAAACCCAACCCAGAAAACUUCACAUUGACUCAACUGACCUCACGUUAUGUUUUUACAUUGAGGUAACAGCCCUACAAUCUGGAUAGAGGACGGUUUGAAGAGAGUAAACGCUUAACUCGGAAACAUUUCCCUUUUGUGUAGUUUUGUUGUCUUUUUGUGUGUCGCGGUUAUUUGCAGGCGAAUCUAACCAGACAAGAUGCGUCUCACGUUGCAAAUGUUGAUCUCCCACGGCCGGGUGGCCCGGAAGAUGGGCAUGGGUCCACAGUCUCGAAUCAACAUGCUGCGGAACAUAUUGACAGGACUGGUCCGACACGAGAGGAUAGAAACCACGCUGGCCCGAGCAGAUGAAGUCCGCUUCUACGCCGAAAAGCUAGUUGACUACGCCAAAAAGGGAGACACUGAUGAGAAGGCAAUGAAAAUGGCUAGCUUUUGGCUCACGGAAAAGGAUCUGAUCCCAAAGCUCUUCAAGGUCCUUGCGCCACGGUUUGAGACUCAGUCAAAGGACUACACACGAAUAGCACGCCUCCCAAACAGACAGAACCUGGACAGAGCUAAGAUGGCCGUCCUGGAGUACAAAGGCAACCCCUUCCCACCUCUCUAUCCUGUGAAAAAAGAGAAUGAACUCACUCUCAUCAACCAGCUGCUCAAAGGCUACAGAGAAGAGAGGGCACAACAGUUAGCUGCAAAAAAUUUAUUAACACUAUCUUAGUGUUGGAUCAGUGAUUGUGGUCACUGAAGGAUGAUGUUUGGGUGCUGAAAUGCUUCUGAAGAGUCACUUGCAGAUUCUGCAGAUUGUGACUUAUAGACUGAUACACUUCAUCACCCGAAGAACAGUUCCAGCUCCAGAGUCAACUGAGGGCAAGGAAAUAGCUGUAAAAGGACAAUCCAGAAUGAUUUUGUGUUAAUAAAUAUAAUUUCUAAACAGAAGUAAUAGCUAUUAGCUUUAUUUCUUUGAACACUUUGUUAGCAGGUUUGCCCUGUUGACCAAGGGAGAUUUGGUUAACACAACAGCAGCACACAAAAUGAAAAUAAAACAUGCUUUUGUGGUACAUA